AUGACGACUUCCAAGAGCUCCCUCCCAGACAUUCAAUACUAUCAUGUCCCCAACUUUGCGUUCCACGAUGGCACCCGCCUGUCUGUUACCCGGGUGGCUUAUCUCGACCUUAACCCGAGCUCUUCCAAAGUUGCGGUCGUAUUCACAUGUUUCCGUGGACGCCUCCACACGACUCUGAACUUCACCAGCGGGGCGCUACACGACCACCGAGUGAUUGUUGUGGCCUUGUUUGGAAAUGGAGAGUCUUCAAGUCCAUCCAAUGAUGCCGACUUUCCUGGUGCAACAUUACACUACGAAGACUGUGUCCGUGCUCAGCACGAGCUUCUCACUCUUAAGCUCGGUUUGAAAUCAGUCAACAUCAUGUUAGGCUUCUCGAUGGGCGGGCAGUGUACAUAUCAUUGGCUGCUUAUGUAUCCUGAUUUCAUGUCCGCUGCUGUCAUCAUCUGCUCGUCAGCGCGUACUAGCCGGCAUAACUAUCAGUUCCUCGAAGGGCCCAAGACUGCACUUCUUAAUUCUGUCGACUAUAGACGAGGAAAUUCUAUGUUAGUUUCUGAUGAUGCCAGACCAAACAAGGGCCUACAAGCGUUUGGAAAGGCAUAUUCUGCCUGGCUGACCAGUGCCGAAUGGUUUGACCAAGAGCUUUACAAGUCGCUGGGCUACGAUAGUCUCGAAUCUUGGGACAAGGCUGUAUCGGGUGCAAAUUAUUUGAGCUGGCAUCCAGACGAUCUGUUGGCGAAACUGGGAAUGUGGCAAAGAGGAGAUGUGACUAGGUUGAAGUCGGAAAGCGCGGCUUCGCUUCAAGAUACACUGCUCAAAAUCAAGGCGCGGGUGCUAUUGAUGCCAUGCCGCAGCGACCAGUAUUUCCGGUGGGAGGCCAGUGCGAAGGAGUGCGAGAUGAUCCCCAACGCGGUGCUGGAGGUCAUCCCUUCAGUCUGGGGGCAUAUAGCUGGCGCAGGGGCUAACAAGGUGGACAAUCUCUGGAUGGACCAGAAAAUAGCAUUAUUUCUUCUGACACUCAGUUAG